AUGUCAUUCUUUGGUGGUGGAGGUCUUCAACAAAAUCAGCAAGCUAUCAAUCCUCAAAACAUUGCGCUUGCCGAGCAAGAGCUCGAGAUGGUCACUGAUUUGUUCAACAGAAUCGCUGAUUCCUGUCAUAAAAAGUGUAUUUCGACCAAUUACGACCAAGCCGAUUUGAGUCAAGGCGAGGCUGUCUGUAUCGAUCGCUGUGUUGCCAAGUUUAUCGAUGUCAAUACCAAGGUCGGUGAGAAAAUGCAACAAAUGGGCGGUCAGUAA